AUGGCUGACAACACCCAGAAGAUGAGCUACCAAGCUGGUGAGACCAAAGGCCAAGCUCAGGAGAAGGCCAAUAACUUGAUGGACAGAGCUGACAAUGCUGCUCAAUCUGCAAAGGAAUCAGUGCAAGAGGCUGGUCAGCAGGUGAGGGCUAAGACACAGGAAGCUGUUGAAGGAGUAAAGAAUGCAACUGGCAUGAACAAGUGAAGCUGGAUCGAUGGAGUCCAAUGAUCGUCUAUUGCAUGAAAUUUAGAAAUUAAAUGCAAUAUUCAUCUAUUCAGCACGUUGUUUUUAUUUUUAUUUUUUUUUGUUUCUGUCUUUCCUUUUGUAUAAAGAAGAGAGCUCUCUGAUCUGCGGGGU